CUUUAAUUACCAAGCAUCAAGCAUACUUCCUUUGGAGUAGCAUUGGCUAUCGUCAUCGUGUAUUUUGCAGCAUCAUUCGUCAGCUGCAGACCAUUUGCAACCAGCAGAAACGACAAUCAACAUCCUACCACUUCCGGCGGAGGCAUCAUGGCCACUCUUAAUCUGGAUGACGAUGAGCUCAAAGCUCUUGAACAGACACUGAGCAAGGUAGCUCAGCUGUCCAGCAGUGUGCAGAGCUUCAGGCAGGAUCUACUGAAGAGCAAUCCUCUGCCACCUCCAAAAUCAAUUCAAGCUUCAGCCAAAAUUCUUCAAAAGAAUCUCAAGUCGCUUCUAGAGAGCACGAACGAAAAUGCAGACCUCUUCAAUCGCAUGGCCAUCCGUCCAUCGACGAAUUACCCUGGCCGAACCCAAGAAAACGUACUUCUCCAACUCCUGCGCAAGAAACUCGAGCCCGACGUCGAAGAAUUCGUCAGUCAGGGUCUCGAAACAGCACGACUCGCUACACCCGAGGGUCUGGAAUCUCUAGAACAAAUCUGGCGCGAAUUGCGAAGUUGGCUCUCGGAUCGGGUAAUUCACUUCAUAUCGACCGAAAACAGCGAUCCCUAUACGGCGGAAGAACGUGCAAAUGGAGUUAAAAACGUACGCACUGGUCUACGAAGGCCUAUAGAUGACGAUGAAGAAGAAGAGGACGAGGAGGAAGGCGACGAAGAGGAAGAUGAUGAGGAGCCAGAGAAACCAGAGAUCCCGGAAGUCAAGGUGCGAGGAGCGGAACCAGAGACAUUGCUUUGGUUUGCGGCACGGGGAGACUUUGAAGUGCCGCGCAACGUUGAGUAUGAGCGCAAAGUGGAUGUCUACAAGGGACUUCAAGGUAUCAACAUACCACCCAGUGACCAACAGCAACAACCUCAGCAAGGGUUUGUUCCUUCAUGAGCAAGUGAUCUGAUGGUCAAACUCAGAGGCGUUGUGGCAUUCUGCCAUCAGGUUGGCAAACUAUUUUAGCUCGAAGGCGUUUUGAAGGAUUGCGAGUGAGUGGUUUUGUGUUGAUAUACCCAGUUUAGUAGUGAGAUAAGCUGACGGCUGUUUAGGUCUGAUGCGUUAGGAUAGCAGUAUCUAGUCGGCGAUCACAGACGGCUUUCGAUACCUAAUAUCGCUUCGACUGUACAGUUUGAAAGCAGUGCAUUAUACAGUCUUAUUACGAAACUUCUCCACAAUAC